AUGCAUUGGAUAAUGGCACAAGCUAGGUUUUUUCUUUUGGGAAGUAAAGCUGAUAGGUUUUAUGGCUCAAAUUAUCGCCCAAGACCCGAGUUACUAGAUUCUGCUUUGAUGAGACCGGGUCGGUUUUCCAGGAAAGUGGUUGUGGGUAAACCAGAUGAAGAUGGAAGGAGAAAGAUUUUUGCUUUAUAUUUACAAAAGGUGCCAAUGGAGGAGGACAAACAAGUCAUUUGCGACCUUGUUGCUUCAUGUACACUAGGGUUAGUUGGGGUUGAUAUUGAAAAUAUAGCUAAUGAGGCUGUAGUGCUUGUUGCUCGUAGAGGUUUGUGCUAA